UAAUCUAUCUCCUCCUCUGCUUAUCUACUAGUAUUAUUUAUUUAAGAUUUAAUAUGGAUUACUCAUCAUUCACGCUCCUAUAAAUUCAACCCCAAUACGGUUUAAAAUUUUCACUCAAGACUCAUCAUUAAGUUGUAGAAACCACUUACAAGUCAAGAGUAUCCGAGAGCCAAGAUUUUCGGUGACUUCUUUCUUCGAUACUUGAAGUAAUCAAACAGUUCCUCCUCGAAAAUGACAAAGCAAAAGGUGGUGAUCAGGGUGACAACCGUGAACGCUCCCAAUGGCUGCUGUUUCGUUUUCCGGAAAGGGGAUGAUUCUCGCACUAAAGCCCUGCAGAUUGCAGCGACUACUUGCGGGGUAGAGUCGGCAGCAUUGUCGGGGGAUGACAAAGAUCAAAUAGUGGUGACUGGAGAAGGAAUAGAUACAGUGGAACUUGCCAAGCUGCUGAGGAAGAAGAUAGGAGGAGCUGAUGUAGUGAGUGUGGGAGCAGCCAAAGCAGAAGAUAAAAAGGAUCAAGCCAAAGUUGUGCCCAUAGUUUAUGGUUCCCAACCUUAUUAUUAUUAUAAUUACGCGCCUUAUAAUUCUUCAUACCCUCUUGUAUAUCACAACUAGUCACAGAUUGUUCUUGCCGAAUACCGAAUAAUAUAUUUCUUUUUAUAGAA